CAGGCUCUUGGAGAGAUUCCCAUUGUGGAUGAUGAGAUUAAGAAGGCAGCGGGAGAAGUGGAAGAAGAUGAGAUGCAGUCGGGAGGACAGGUACAGAAGCUGGUGACGGCUGAUGGAACCUACGCCACACAGAGUGCAUUCAGCACUGCCUCAUCCUCAGCAAAGAAGGAGGAGAGACCCCCAAUGAGGCAGUACAUGAUGGAUGGAGACUUCUUUGUAGGAGCUGCCCUGGCCACCACACUAACAAAACUGGCCCUGAAGUAUAUUGCUAAUACUCCGGACUUGAAAAGGCAAAAUUCCUUAGUUGCUGAGUCUAUGUUGAUCAUGGCAGCAAUCAUUCAUCUUGGAAAAUCUGGACUGCCCACAAAGCCAAUAACUGAUGAUGAUGUGGAUAGAAUUGCCACAUGUCUGAGAGUUCUGGCCGAGAAAACUCCACUGAUGGGGGAGAUCUUCAACAGAGAUUGUAGACAGUCCCUCUCCAUGAUGCUGACAGCCAAGAUGGAGGAAGAAAAGGAGUUACAAAAGGCCUCUGAGAAGAGAGCUGUGAAAGUACAAGCUGAUGAUCCUAUAAUGUUUGCACAGCUUGUCAACAAGGCUGAAAUGGGAGCAACAGAGAACAUGUUUGAGCUCACCUUGUCCCAGGCUUUGGGAAUGUCAUCCAAGAAAGAUACUGAUCCUAUUGGAGCUUCUAAGUUGAACAAGGUGUCCCAGCUGACUGGUUUCUCAGACCCAGUGUAUGCAGAGGCUUACGUCAACGUGAACCAGUUUGACAUUGUACUAGACAUACUAGUGGUCAACCAGACCUCUGACACAUUACAGAAUCUGACCGUAGAGCUAGCUACUCUGGGCGACCUGAAGUUGGUAGAAAAGCCCACACCGAUGACCAUGGCACCCCAUGAUUUCUGUAACAUUAAGGCUAAUGUUAAAGUAGCUUCCACAGAAAAUGGAAUCAUAUUUGGAAAUAUCGUGUAUGAUGUCAGCGGAGCAGGAAGUGACCGUAACUGUGUGGUGCUGAAUGACAUCCACAUUGAUAUCAUGGAUUACAUCGUCCCCGCCUCCUGUGAUGACACGGAAUUCCGACAGAUGUGGGCAGAGUUUGAGUGGGAGAACAAGGUGGCCGUCAAUACCAACGUCUCGGACCUCGCCGAAUUCUUACAGCACGUCAUCAAAAUGACCAAUAUGAGAUGUCUCACUCCUGAAAAGGCAUUACAAGGUGACUGUGGAUUUAUGGCUGCUAACUUGUAUGCCAAGUCCAUCUUUGGAGAAAAUGUGCUGGCAAAUCUUAGCAUUGAGAAACCUGCCCAUCUGUCCAGGGAUGCCCCAGUUCAAGGUCACAUCCGAAUCAGGGCAAAGAGUCAGGGCAUGGCUUUGAGUAUGGGAGACAAGAUUAAUCUGUCCCAGAAGAGUAUCACCAAAAGCCAAUAGGUUGCUGAAGAAGACAUUUCAGACUUAAACUUGUGUGAUCUUGUUGUGGAAUAUGACCAGUUAUUAUGUUUAUUUGGACGAGCUAUGAAG